AUGGCUCCUACCACGCAAACUGUCUGUAAAUCCACUGGUGGUAAAGCACCCCCAAAGCAACUCGCUACAAAAGCCGCUCGCAAGAGUGCGCCCUCUACUGGAGGAGGCAAGAAACCUCAUAGCUACAGGCCCAGCACUGUGGCUCUCCGUGAAACCAGACGUUACCAGGAGUCCACCAAACUUCUGAUUGAUAAACUUCCCUUCCAGCAUCUGGUGCAUGAAAUUGCUCCAGACGUCAAAACAGAGCCAUGCUUCCCGAGUGCAGUAACUGGUGCUUUGCAGGAGGCAAGUAAAGCCUAUCUGGUUGGCCUGUUUGAGGACACCAACCUAUGUGCUAUCCACGCCAAAAGUUUCACAAUAGUGUCAAAAGAUAUCCAGCUAGCACGCUGCAUAUAUGAAGAACGUGCUUAA